AUUCCCUCAAACACAGACACAUCAGACAUGGGCAAGAUCGUCUUUUACGAGGACAGGAACUUCCAGGGUCGCUCCUAUGAGUGCAUGAGCGACUGCUCUGACAUGUCCUCUUACCUGAGCAGGUGUAGCUCCUGCAGGGUGGAGAGUGGCUGCUUCAUGGUCUACGACCGCCCCAACUACAUGGGCAACCAGUUCUUCCUAAGAAGGGGCGAGUACGCAGACUACAUGUCUCUGGGAAUGAGUGACUCUAUCCGAUCCUGCCGCUUAAUCCCUCAGCACCGAGGUUCGUACAGGAUGAGGAUCUAUGAGAGGGAGAACUUCCAGGGCCAGAUGCAUGAGCUGAUGGACGACUGCGACAACAUGAUGGACCGCUACCGCAUGUCCGACUGCCAGUCCUGCAACGUGAUGGACGGCCACUGGCUGAUGUACGAGCAGCCCCACUACAGAGGCAGGAUGAUGUACAUGAGGCCCGGCGAGUACAGGAGCUUCAGGGAGAUGGGAUACAGCGGCAUGAGAUUCAGCUCCACCAGGCGCAUCAUGGAUUCCUGCUGAAGCAGAGUGCAGAAAUGUUCUGCUGAAUAAAGUGAAACAUGAA